UAAGACACUAGAAACUGAAACUGUUUUUUUUACUGCGUCAAUGCUGAAAGGAGAGGGGUGGCUCUGAUCUUGGUUACACGGAAUAGUUGCCGUAUUUGAUCCUGUUAGGGUUUCUGCAGACAUGGAGCUUCUUCUGUUUCUGAGCUUCUGUUUCCUGACUUUGUCCGGACUGACGUUUGGUGCUGAAUCCGGACCACCUGACAGCAGAGUGAUUGUGAUGGAAGAUGAUGAUGUCACUUUACCCUGCUCCCUUAGCACCAAUGAGAACAUUGAGAAAAAACUGUUUGUCUGGAAGAAGGAAGGAACAGUUCCUUUAAAGGAGGUGUUCAUGUAUGAUGCCGGCACAUAUAGCAGAGGUCAAGAUGAUGAAUUCAAAGGUCGAGUCUCACAUUUUCCAGAACAGCUGAAGUACGGCAACGCCUCCAUAAGAAUGAGUAAAACUACCCUGGAGGACAGAGGAAUUUAUAUCUGUAGUUUUCCAGUGAUGCAGCCCAGUGUAAAAACAUCCCGCAUUGAGCUUGUUGUUGAGGGCAGAUUAAAGAUCCGAAACUUUCCAGGUGCAGCUCCAGAGCCUUAUGUCACAAUACUUAAAGAGAAGGGGCUGCUGCAGUGUAAGGUUCCAGGUGCUUCUCCUAAACCUACAGUUGAGUGGUGGGACAGUGAUAACAAAAAACUUCCUUCUAAGACGGUGCAGGAUGAAGAAGAACAAGGUCGCUUCCACGUCACCGUCCAGACUACUGUGACUGAGCCUGGCUGCUAUCACUGUGUAGCCACACAGAUGGAAAAGUGGCAUCGGAUUUCUUCAGAGAUCUGUGUGCAUCGUGGGCUCCCUGAAUGGGCUGCCGCACUCAUUGGUGGUCUUGUUGUUUUUAUUAUUGCUUUAGUGAUUGCCCUUGCAGUUACAGCAUACUGUUUGAAGAAAGAUUCACAAAGAACAGAAAUUGGCCCCUCCUCAGAGCUGCAGAGAAAUCUCACCUCUCACCAACCUUAAAAAGUUUGAAGGUCGCGGGGGACGCUGGAGCCGUUCCCAGUUAUCAUAGGGUGAGAGGCGGGGCACACCCUGGACAGGUCGCCAGUCUAUCGCAGGGCCACAACACACAGAGACAAACAACCAUUUACACUCACAUUCCCCACUAUCCCCACUAACUGCAUGUCUUUGGACUGUGAGUGGAAGCUGGAGUACCCGGAGAGAACAUGCAAACUCCACACAGAAAGACCCCGGCCUGAUGGCGGAAUUGAACUCAGAACCUUCUUGCCGUAAUCGUCUCCAUGUUAAUGCACAUGUUUCCAUCAUUGAAACCUUAGUUUGAUCAUUUACUGAUCAUCUCAGUGUUUCCUCCUUUGCUGCAGUUUCAUGGCUCCUCCUCCUGACUCCUUUCUCAUUUUCAGUACAAAUCUGAGCUGCAUUUGAAAGAUUUGCUAAUGACGUGAAGAUUUUUCAAGAAAUCCUCUUUUAAAUGCACCCAAGACAGUAUAAGGUUUUACUUUAGUUGCCUAACUUUAAGCUUACAGUAGUCAAAACUUGCUUCCACACAUGACUUUAACAGUAAUUAUACUGUCUUGCUGAGAUAUUGUUAGAAUAAUAUAUUUUGACUUUUUAAUGUCAUCAUGAUAUCUGUUCUUACAUAAACGUGUGCAGCUUUAUAAAUAAUUUGCUGACCAAACGUUCUCUGACAUUCAUGUUUUUAAUGAGGACAGUGAUGUUUCUUUUCAUCAUAAUAGAUUAAGAUAAUUGUAACUCGUACAGAAUUUGAUAAAUAAUGAGAAAUGCAAAAUUAAAAUUACCCAAGAUAAAAGGGACCCUUAAUGUUAAGACUGGAGAGAAGUUAAAAUAUCAGGUUUGUCAGUCAAAAGCUGUCAUACAGAUGGUGAAGAAUCUAAACUUCUCGACUCAUAUUUAACUCAGGUUAGUUAAACAUGUACUCAUGGAAUACUUGAUUAAACUGAACCCUCAGCGCUUCUCAUGUAAAUCAAUGGGAAUAUUUUGCAGAUAUAACAAUAUUUUUGUUUGCCAAGCAGGCCUGUCGGGUACACUUGUGCUGUAGUAUGUAGUUGUUGGCUCAUUUGAUAUUUUUUUAUUCUUUUACAAGUUAUAUUUAUGCUGUUAAUUGUUGGUGUAUUUUUUUUUAUAUUCAUGCCAUUUCAGAGAGCGCUUAAGGGUCUACAAGUCUGAAUAAGAGAUGAAACAACAAACUAUUGUGUUUACUAUUGUGUUUUUGGUGUAUAGGUUUCUUUAAAGAUUCAUAAAGAGAGGAAAUAUA